GAGAGGCGGUAGAGUUUGAGCGAGCAAACAGUGGCUCUAAGGGGCAGUGGGAGAGCGUGAUAGGAAAGACAGAGUUGGAAGAAAAAAAAAAAAAAAAAAAGGCGGCCAGCCAUUUUGGCAUUUAUUUUCAGUUGCUAUAGUCCUUGCUGCCUCUGCUGCAUGCUGCAGUUUGCACUGCGAACAUUGCAGCGCGGAUCACCUCCUUCUCUCUUGGGAAAACCGAAGGACCCCCAGGGAGGUGUGAAUUUCUGGCACAAUUGCUCAGCACUGCGGCAUCCACACAGAGGCUAAAGGAAUGUAGCAGAAAGGUGGACAGAGCCGUGGAUCAUCCUUCAGGACGUUGGUCCCCAAACCGUCCUUCUUCCCCUGCGUGCAUCUCUCCUGCUCUGUGUAUGGGAGGUGAAGCUUUGGCAGGCUGUCAGUCAGCAUGCGGCGGUGUGAACGGGCAGCCCAGUGCCCACAACACGCUAUGGACAUCAGACACUCCUCGCUGUACUAAUGAAAGGCUUCAAGCUCGCCUGCACUGCCAGUAACUCAAACAAGAGCACGCCUGCCUGCUCACCAGUCCUGCGUAAACGCUCGCGCUCUCCUACACCACAGAGCCAGGAGGGUGAGAAUAUGGUUGAGAAGGGUUCAGACCACUCCUCUGACAAAUCCCCCUCUACGCCCGAGCAGGUUGUCCAGAGAACAUACUCCCUGCAGUCAGCGAGAAGCGGGGGAAAGAACUCCAAGUCUCACAAGCGACUAUCCAAAAAGAGCCAAAGCUGGUACAACCAUGAAAGACAACACAUCCUGAGAGUAAGCAUGACUUGUAUUCUUGUGCAACCCUGGAUAUCUUUCUCUCUCUCUCUCUCUCUCUCUCUCUCUCUCUCUCUCACUCUGUAUUUGGUUCUCAGGCUGCUGGAAUGAUAAUAUCCCUCCUGCCUGUUUCUCAUUCCAUUGACUUCAAUCCACUCUGUUACCACCUAACGAUGAAGCUAAACUUUAGAGGUGGUGAUUUUGAUUCCUAAUGUUAAAAAUUUGUACAACUUAAGCCUUACAUUCUUGAUUGAAACAUAUGAUUUGCUUUUCUCUCACAAUGAUAUAGACAGUAAGUGAGUUGAUUUGUGAAGCCCCUGAGAUGGGACAAAAGAAGGUUACCGCUUCAACCUCUAAUUUUGGCUCACAACAGGUGGUAACAAGCUGAGUUUCUCACUCUACUAAACAAAUCAA